AUAAAGGACUGAAAAUGAGCAGGAAAGCAAUGUACUGGGUAAUUUUUAUUCAGUUGGAGAAGAAGCGAAGAAGCAAAGAAUGAGCAGAAUACUGAAAGUGAAAGUCUGAAACAAAGAAUGGGCUUGCUGGCGUAGGCGAUUGUCAUGAUAACAAACAGUAUGGCCUUGAUGCUUACCUGAUUCUCCUCUCAAACUAAAUCCAAAAUCUCUCUCUCUGACUCUCUGGGUGUGUUUAUAUAUACGACAUAUUUGCUUACAUGGCUUCGGCUCCUCUGAUUCACGCGCGUUAUUGUUACUCGCCCAUAUUUGGUGGUUAUCGAAGAAAUGGCUCUUUAAGUUCGUCACCGUCGGCGUCGGCGUCGCCGUCUUCUUCGUCGUCUUUUUCCUCAUCGUCGGCCUGUUCCUCGUCUUCAAAUUGCUGUUCUUCGUCAUCUUUGGGCUUCUCCUCCUCUGGGACAAGCAAUAAUUGGAGAAAUCAAGGUUUUAGAGGUCACAGUAUGUCUACAAUAAUUCAAGGAAAUUUUGGAUCGUCCAGGGGUAUUACUAAAGAUCAGCCUGAUCAUCUCCUUGUCCUUGUUCAUGGCAUAUUGGCUAGCCCAAGUGACUGGACGUACGUUCAAGCAGAGUUAAAAAAGCGACUUGGGAGAAAAUUUCUAAUCUACGCAAGUUCGUCGAAUACGUACUCUAGAACUUUUGCUGGUAUAGAUGGAGCUGGAAAACGAUUAGCAGAUGAAGUCAUGCAAGUUGUGCAAAGAACAGAAAGCCUCAAGAAAAUUUCAUUUUUAGCCCAUUCUCUUGGUGGCUUGAUUGCAAGAUAUGCUGUUGCUGUUCUUUACUCUCCGAAUUCUCUGAUGCCAAAUUCACAAACAGCAUAUUCCUCGAAACGUGGUAUGAUUGCUGGGUUGGAGCCAAUCAAUUUUAUAACCUUGGCAACUCCCCAUCUUGGGGUGAGAGGGAAACGACAGCUUCCAUUUCUUCUGGGAGUUCCCCUAUUAGAAAAACUAGCAGCACCCAUUGCUCCUAUUCUUGCUGGUCUAACUGGUAGUCAGCUGUUCUUGACUGAUGGGAAACCCGAUAAACCCCCUCUUCUGUUACGAAUGGCCUCUGAUUGUGAAGAUGGAAAGUUUAUAUCCGCCUUGGGUGCUUUUAGAGCUCGCAUUGUUUAUGCAAAUGUAUCUUAUGAUCACAUGGUUGGUUGGCGGACAUCAUCCAUUAGAAGGGAAACAGAAAUUGUCAAGCCACCUCGUCGUUCUCUGGAUGGUUAUAAGCAUGUAGUAGAUGUUGACUAUAUUCCCCCAAUUUCCUCUGAUGGCCCACAUUUUCCUCCGGAAGCAGCUAAAGCAAAGGAGGCAGCACAGAAAGAGCCUAGCACAAAAAAUACUGUAGAAUAUCACGAAAUUAUGGAAGAGGAAAUGAUACAUGGCUUACAGCAACUAGGAUGGAAAAGAGUUGAUGUCAGUUUUCACUCCGCGAUGUGGCCCUUCUUUGCCCAUAACAACAUUCAUGUAGUGCUUUUGUUUAAAAAUAAGCUAUUUGAGAUGCGCUUCUUCUCUUUUUGGAUUCUAAGCUUUGUUUCUGCUUUAAAAAUUCAGGUGAAGAAUGAAUGGCUUCAUAAUGCUGGUGUUGGGGUUGUUGCUCAUGUUGCAGACACCCUGAAGCAGGAAGAAUCCUCCCAAUUCAUUACCGCAAGCUUGUAGGUUUGACUUGCUAGUAAGUGAAAAAAUAGCUAAAACACGAAAAGGAUGUAAUAUGACAAUCUAGAAGCCAAGUUCUUUCACUUGGCUUUUUCAAUGCAGUUAAAGCUUUAAAAUCAGGUCUAAGCAUCUAACACUUUGUCAUUCCCUAGGAUUAUAUAAAGUCUAGCAAACUCUUCUUGGAGAAAAUAAAUAUGGAAUAUUUGGCCUGUUUGGUGUUAUUACAUCAUAUUUGUGGUUUUUAAAAA